AUGAAUCCACACGCAAACAUAAUUAUUAUAUCAAGCUUAAUUUUAGGACCAAUAAUUACAAUCACAAGCAAUCACUGAAUUAUAGCAUGAGUAGGACUAGAAAUCAAUAUACUAGCAAUCAUCCCACUAAUCGCCAAACAACACCACCCACGAGCAAUCGAAGCCUCCAUUAAAUACUUCCUAACCCAAGCCGCAGCUUCAUCAUUACUCCUAUUCUCUAUCAUUAACAAUGUUUGAAAUACAGGACAAUUCGACAUCACACAAUCAACAAACACAAUAUCCAGCACAAUAAUGACUGCUGCACUAACAAUGAAACUAGGAUUAGCCCCAUUCCAUUAUUGACUCCCAGAAACCCUACAAGGCACCACAACAAUAAUAACCUUAAUCCUAACAACCUGACAAAAACUAGCCCCACUAACUCUACUAAUAAUAAUUAACCAAUCCUUAAAUACAUCAUUAUUAGUAACACUAAGCCUACUAUCUAUAAUAAUUGGAGGAUGAGGAGGAUUAAACCAAACCCAACUACGAAAAAUCAUAGCAUUUUCUUCAAUUGCACACCUAGGAUGAAUAACCAUAAUCCUAACCUUAUCAACUAAACUAACAUUAUUAACCUUCUAUACAUACAUUACCUUAACUACAACAAUAUUAUUAACAAUCAAACUAUUAGAAACCAACAAAAUAUCCACAGCAAUAACAUCAUGAACAAAAUCACCAAUAUUAAACGCCAUAAUAAUACUUAACUUAAUAUCACUAGCAGGCCUCCCCCCAUUAACAGGAUUCAUACCAAAAUGAUUAAUUCUCCAAGAACUAACCAAAAACCACAUAACAAUCAUUGCAACAACAUCAGCCAUCCUCUCAUUAUUAAGCCUAUUCUUCUAUAUCCGAAUCGCAUACUACUCAACCAUCACACUACCCCCAAACAUAACUAAUUAUUCACAACAAUGGCGACAUAAAAAUCAACAAAAACCCUAUUUACCCUUAAUAAUUAUUACCUCCUCCAUACUCACUCCAAUCAUACCCACAUUUAUAAUAAUUAUAUAG